CGCAGACUCGCCUGCCUUGAUCCUCCCGCGUUCUCCUCCUGACUUGCCACAUUGAAGAAACGGUGUAGGCCGUGUGCCACUGUACUGCUGGACCGCCAUACGCCACGCAACCUCCAGCUUAUUGUCUACGUUUUUUUAACAAGCAUUUCUGGGAUUUUGAUCCAUCAUUCGUCGUUGACAUAUUUAAUGUGUGGCCAUCAGCAGGUUUACAUGAAAUGUAUUGUCUUGCCUGAUAAUGUACGUGUUUGCUGACAGGACAAAACACCGGCAACGUCCUUGUUAAUUAGAAAGUGUGUAGUUAUGGCAAACCCAAAAUUUAUUACACCUACAACAGUCUCUUCUCACAGGAGUCCAUUAAACCAAUAUGCCGUCUGCUGGCAGCUGUUCUAAUUAGAAAUAAUUGCCGACUGCAGGGUGUAGUUGGUUAUUCUUUUUUCCGACACUUUCACGGACUAUUUAUCAACACAAUUCCUGGAGUUUCAUUACAAGGAGUACCAGUUUGAUACUUUAUGCGGUCUUUCAUUACGGUGGGUAAUCAACAUUUGACGUGUGUGAUGUACUGUCGGGCGACCACCAUCCCCCUCCCGCUGGGGUCUAUCAGUGCUGUUCAGAGCCACACAUUGAGUCGAGUCAGCUAACUGCCCCCUGCCUCGGGAAUAAAGACUUGAAGCCAAGGUAUUAGCCAGGAGAUAUAACCGUUAACAACUCGGUGACGUCAUUGACAAAUCCAAGAGUUUCCGAUUUGAAAAUGGGACAAUGUGAUUUUUUCAUCCUGGUAUCUCAGUGAUCUCGCGUUUUCUAAUGUUCUAGUUUAUAUUCGUGUUAUUACUCGCUAGAGUGAACUGUAAAUGUGUGAGUGGCGUUUUUCGCCACAUGCAGAGCGUGUUGCUGCGUGAGGUGACCGGAUGUGUGUGCAGACGAGUUUGUCUGAUAUAGCAACUAUGUCAUCACUGGCCGUGAACACAGGUAGCGCCAUGCUCUCCGUUGUGGUGAUGGUGCUUUAUGCCUCUCAAACAGACGGGCGAUUUACACCCCAGGACAAAAGUAACCUACAGAAUCGAACAGCCACGCUGUUGAGCCAAAUCACUCACUACGAAAUGGUCAUCCCCGUGUUGGUGGACGAGAGAGGCAAGUUCCUUAGUUACGACGUCCGUCAACAGCACGUGUUGUCAAGGAGGCGGCGUGACGUCACUUCCCGUAGACGACACCGUCAGAAACAACGCCGCAGACGUCGCCCCAAGAGGCUCUACCUGCAGAGGUUCCCCGUGGAGGAGGAGGGGAGGGUAUUUUACAAACUCUCAGCUUAUGGAAAAGAGUUUUAUUUCAACUUGACUCUGAAUACAAAGUUCAUGUCAACGAAGUUUGUGACGGAGAUAUGGGGGUCUAACAGUAUUGAGCGCAAAGCCAACGAGGUCCACGACUGUCAUUACACCGGUUACAGCAGUUGGCCGGAUGAGUCGCGCGCAGCCAUCAGUAACUGUAUGGGCCUGUACGGCUUCUUCUCUACGACCGACGACGACUACUUCGUUGAGCCUCUGUGGAACCACACCAACAUCGUUGGAGUGGAGGGUUACCCGCACAUCGUCUACACCCGCUCCUCCCUCAAACUGCGCGACGACGACUCCCACUGCGGCGUCAGCGACAUUCAGGACAAGAAAAUGAAAUGGCUUCUCAACAAAUCUCCGCGGAUCUUCAAUGAGGUUGUCAAACACAGGAGCUAUGCCCGACACUGGCGUCAUAUUAAAAAAGAAAAGUUUCGCAAGGGUCGCCAUAAACGUUCAACCAGCACCGACCGUGACGUAGAGACAGUCGUCGUCGUCGACAAGCGCAUGGUCAACUACCACGGUCAGCACGAGAUAGAGAGAUACGUCCUGACAAUCAUGAACAUUGUGGCCAAACUCUUCCAUGAUCCGAGCAUCGGCAACAGCGUGAACAUCAUCAUCACUCGCCUCGUGCUGCUCACAGAGGACCAGCAGGGGCUGGAGAUCAACCACCACGCCGACAAGUCGCUGGACAGCUUCUGUAAGUGGCAGCGUGAGAUCAACGUCAACCUCAACUACACCGCUGACGACGGCACCGGGAUAGCACACCAUGACAACGCCGUGCUUAUAACCAGGUUCGACAUCUGUACCUACAAGAACAAGCCAUGUGGGACACUAGGUCUGGCACCGGUGGCGGGGAUGUGCGAGGACGACAGGAGCUGCAGCAUCAACGAGGACAUCGGUCUCGCCUCCGCCUUCACCAUCGCACACGAGAUCGGUCACAACUUCGGCAUGCACCACGACGGCGCAGGCAACCCUUGCGGCACCCCCGGGCACGAACCCGCCCGCAUCAUGGCCGCCCAGCUCACCAAGGACACCGUGCCGUUCCUGUGGUCGAGUUGCAGUCGAGAAUACAUCACCAGUUUCCUCGACUCAGGACAAGCUCAGUGUCUGGUGAACAAGCCAAUCAAGCGGGAGUUCGUGUUCCCCCGUGAGCUGCCCGGGGAGACAAUCGGAGCACACCGGCAGUGUAAGCUGCAGUUCGGAGCUCACGCCAAUGCUUGCAAGAUCCGGCUGGUGUGUGGAGAGCUGUGGUGUACGGACAUCAAGGGUCAGUGUGUGACCAACAGCAUCCCGGCGGCGGAGGGCACGGUGUGCCUCCUCUCCCACAAGAAAACAGGGCGCUGCUACAGAGGACGCUGCCAGAGCACGAACUACAAACCUAAACCCGUGAACGGAGGAUGGGGGGCGUGGUCGAACUGGGGGGAGUGUUCAAGGACCUGUGGGGGCGGAGUCAACUCCAGUCAGAGGGAGUGCAACACCCCAGCGCCGAAGCAUGGUGGAAAGUACUGUCUGGGGAAGAGGAAGAAGUAUAUGUCCUGUAACACCCAGCCCUGCCCGACUAACGUCACGGACUUCAGGGAGGUGCAGUGCGCUAGCUUCAACGCCGUGGAGUUCCGGGGCCGCCAUUACGACUGGAAGCCGUACACAGGAGUGCAGGUGAAACCCUGCGCUCUGAUCUGUAUGGCGGAAGGGUACAACUUUUACACGGAACGAUCUUCAAAGGUCAUCGAUGGCACAAAGUGUAGUUCGGACACACUCGACGUUUGCAUUGAUGGAGAGUGUCACACGGUGGGGUGUAACGGAAUAUUGGGGUCCCCCGUCAGGGAGGACAACUGCAGGGUGUGCGGCGGGAACGGCAGCACGUGCAUCACCAUCUCCGGCGUCUUCACCAGACCCCUGCCCAAAGGAGCCUACCAGGAAGUGGUUACCAUUCCACAAGGAGCAGUCCAUGUUCGAGUGAGGGAGACACGACAGUCCAAGAAUUAUUUGGCCAUGAAGAACAUGAAGGACAAGUACCACAUCAACGGCGACUGGAUCAUCGACUGGCCGAGAAAGUUUCUGAUCGCCGGGACGGUGUUCCACUAUGAGCGGCCGGAGAGAAGCGAGGAGGGGUUGGAGUCGUUGUGGGCGCUGGGGCCGACCAGCGAGGAUCUCGUCAUCAUGAUGCUGCUGCAGGAAGACAACUUGGGUCUAGAGUAUGAAUACAACGUCCCCGUUAACACCAGCCACAGCAGCCACGACAUCUCCCUGUACACCUGGCACCACUCCCCCUGGACCACCUGCUCCAGGACAUGCGCCAGAGGUGUGAGCACGGCGGUGUCGACGUGUGUGAGGAAGGUGGACAAGGUCCCCGUGGACGAGGGCUACUGCUCCCCCCAGCCUCGACCCAGCAACCACCGGAAGUACUGCAACGAGGAGGCCUGUCCCACACAGUGGUCCAUAGGCCUGUGGUCCGACUGCACGACGACCUGUGGCGGGGGAAGGAAGACCCGCACCGUGGCAUGUGUGCAAAGUGUGACGGAGACGGAGCAGGUGGUGCAGGACGACUCCGAGUGUAAGGCCAAAAAACCCGUGUCUCAGAAGAAGUGCGGCAGCAAGGAAUGUCCGUCGGUCUGGUUCACGGAGGAGUGGGCGGAGUGUAACCCCAGCUGCGGGCCGGGCGAGAAGACUCGCCGUGUGUUCUGUAUGACGACUGAUGGGAAGACGUACGUCGACGAGGACAACUGUGACGCCGCGGAGAAGCCAUCCACGAGGAUGGCGUGCAUCAACCAGAAAUGCCCCCCGCCUCAGUGGGUGACGGGCGAGUGGGGACCGUGUUCCCCGGAGUGUGGGCCGGGUCAGCAGAGACGUAACGCGCAAUGUCGCGCCUUCUCCGGACAAACCAGCAGCAAGUGCACGGUCAAGACGAAGCCGGACACAGUGAGACGGUGUGACAGUAGCUGCAAGCCGGAGGACGAGGACGUGUGCGAGGACAAAUACAAGGUAGCCUACUGUCCACUCGUCCUCAAGUUCCAGUUCUGUGACCGGGAAUACUUCCAGAAGAUGUGCUGCAAGACUUGCUCUGCCCUCAAGAACAAAAUUGGUUAAAUUUCAGCUGAGGUUUAUAAAUCUCAGAAACGAAACUGGUUCAAAUAUUUUCCAGAUGAGAUUUUAAGAACUCAGUAACGAAAUUGUUUUCCGAGAAGAGUUCUUUCUUUUGAAACAGAACCGGUUUGAGGGAGAAGAUGUGGUUUGAAGUCAGGAUCAGCACUCAGACAGUGUUGUAUGGUCCUCAGUCCGGAGAGAGCGGUGUUCGUCCUGCUCGGAAUAACGACUGGUGUGUGUGUUUGGCCAAGACAUGCCUGUUUCAAACACAAACUUUAUUGACUUAGAUGGCACAAGAGGUGCUUUUCAGAAGAUGGUGUACAGUGCCUGAUGUCAUAGUACAGCGAGGUGUACAGUAUUUGUAUUUAGUCAAUGUAGCGUCCAGUCUUCAACAAUAAGGUGUACAGUAUCUGUACUUAGUAUUCAGAAAGUGUCGGAAUUCAAAAUACGAUUUCAGAAUUUGUCACUAUUUGUAAACAAAACAAAUCGACUUGCAAAUGUUCACGAUAUGGUCAUUAAAUGUUCUACUGUUUGGACGAAUAAGACAUGACUACAAGUUCGUCCUGGGACAUCCCAGCCGAUCUUCUUGUCUCAUUGAGUAAUCACCGCUCCUUGAGAGGUUAAUGCCUGUGUGUAUAUAUUGAAACCAUUGGCACAAGAGGCCGCUGAUGUAGGUUUAUCGUGUUGUGAUUAUAAAGGAUUUCUUUUAUUAGACCAGAGGAACUAUAUAUAUUCAGAUCAAUUUAAAUGUUUACACAAAUGGUUUGUUUUACCAUUAUAUUGAAUAUCAUUUCCGGUCACGUGGUGUCUGGUCAACAUGAAAUAACACAAGCAACAUACCUCGGACUUACAGUUCACUGCAGAGUUGGGUCCCUUACAAAUGUCAGGAUACGCUGAUCAUGAUCAUCGAAGAACUGCUUCACUUUGGUCAGUAGGGUAGCGGAAUACUCUGUUACCAAUGGGUUACAAUCUCGAUUCUGUUCUGAUAGUUCCUCUGGACAUAUUCGACACCAAAGUUUUGUUCUCUCGCUCGUGAUUUUAAAAUCGAACAGCCAGUCAGACGAUCUCUUCUGAACGUUAGUUCUGCAUAAAUUAACACUCAAAGUCGUGACCUCGUCCGAUCGAGUCCUCCAUGUAUUAAAUUGAAUCAUAAGACUGAAGGAAGGUUUAGCUGGGUUGUUUCUGUGAGUAUUAAGAGUUUUUGUUGGUGGCACGCAAAUGUGAAGUCGAUUACUGAUUGUUUCAAUCAUAAAAAAAUGUGUCAUUUAAUUGAACGUCUAGCUGUGACGUUGUUUCAAUCGAACCCGACUCACAACAAAUGCGUGGUGUCGAGUGUUUCCAGUGCAUAGGCUACUAGAAUGGAGAUCCGAUGCACUGGAUGGAUGAUGAGGGAAAGGCGGUUUUGAACCCAAUUUCACUCACUCACUCACUCACUCACUGUUUAAGUUCGGAGCAACUGUGGCAUGUUUUUUUAGGUAGGUAUUGGUCGUGGUUCAGUUUUUGUGUUGUAAGACAUUGUAUUAUUAUACAUAUCAAGAUUUGUAACAUAUUUAUUGUGUGUUGGCCAGUCGGAUGUAUUGGUUUAAACACGACCCAUCCUUUAAAUAGUGUAGUAAGACUUGCAUCAAGUCUUUCUGUAUGAACCAUUUCAGUAUAUGUCCACCAGUAAGAUGUUUAUAGCCUUCAGUGAGGUAUAUAUUGCCUUCAGUGAGGUAUAUAUGGCCUUCAGUAAGGUGUUUAUGGCCUUCAGUGAGGUAUAUAUUGCCUUCAGUGGGGUAUAUAUGGGCUUCAGUAAGGUAUAUAUGAUCUCCAGUGGGAUGUAUAUAACCUUCAGUUGGAUGUGUAUGGCCUUCAGUGAGGUACAUAUGGCCUUCAGUAAGGUGUAUAUGGCCUUCAGUGGAAUGUAUAUAGCCUUCAGUUGGAUGUACAUGGCCUUCAUUAAGGGGUAUAUGACCUUCAGUGAGGUGUAUACGACCUUCAGUUGGAUGUAUAUGGCCUUUAGUGGGAUGUAUAUGGCCUUCAUUGGGAUGUAUAUGGCCUUCAGUUUGGUGUAUAUGGCCUUCAGUGGGAUGUAAAUGGCCUUCAUUGGGAUGUAUACGGCCUUCAGUUGGAUGUAUAUGGCCUUCAGUGGGAUGUAUAUGGCCUUCUGUGAGGUGUAUAUGGCCUUCAGUGGGAUGUAUAUGGCCUUUAGUGGGAUGUAUAUGGCCUUCAUUGGGAUGUAUAUGGCCUUCAGUUUGGUGUAUAUGGCCUUUAGUGGGAUGUAAAUGGCCUUCAUUGGGAUGUAUACGGCCUUCAGUGGGAUGUAUAUGGCCUUCAGUGGGAUGUAUAUGGCCUUCUGUGAGGUGUAUAUGGCCUUCAGUGGGAUGUAUAUGGCCUUCUGUGAGGUGUAUAUGGCCUUCAGUUGGAUGUAUAUGGCCUUCUGUGAGGUGUAUAUGGCCUUCAUGGGGAUGUAUAUGGCCUUCUGUGAGAUGUAUAUGGCCUUCUGUGAGGUGUAUAUGGCCUUAAGUGGGAUGUAUAUGGCCUUAAGUGGGAUGUAUAUGGCCUUCAUUGGGAUGUAUAUGGCCUUCAGUGGGAUGUAUAUGGCCUUCAUUGGGAUGUAUAUGGCCUUCUGUGAGGUGUAUAUGGCCUUCAGUGGGAUGUAUAUGGCCUUCAUUGGGAUGUAUAUGGCCUUCAUUGGGAUGUAUAUGGCCUUCUGUGAGGUGUAUAUGUCCUUCAUUGGGAUGAAUAUGGCCUUCUUUGAGGUGUAUAUGGCCUUCAUUGGGAUGUAUAUGGCCUUCUGUGAGGUGUAUAUGGCCUUCAUUGGGAUGUAUAUGGCCUUCUGUGAGGUGUAUAUGGCCUUCAGUUGGAUGUAUAUGGCCUUCUGUGAGGUGUAUAUGGCCUUCUGUGAGGUGUAUAUGGCCUUAAGUGGGAUGUAUAUGGCCUUCAUUGGGAUGUAUAUGGCCUUCAUUGGGAUGUAUAUGGCCUUCAGUGGGAUGUAUAUGGCCUUCUGUGAGGUGUAUAUGGCCUUCAGUGGGAUGUAUAUGGCCUUCAUUGGGAUGUAUAUGGCCUUCAUUGGGAUGUAUAUGGCCUUCUGUGAGGUGUAUAUGUCCUUCAUUGGGAUGAAUAUGGCCUUCUGUGAGGUGUAUAUGGCCUUCAGUUGGAUGUAUAUGGCCUUCUGUGAGGUGUAUAUGGCCUUCAUUGGGAUGUAUAUGGCCUUCUGUGAGGUGUAUAUGGCCUUCAUGGGGAUGUAUACGGCCUUCUGUGAGGUGUAUAUGGCCGUCAUUGGGAUGUAUUUGGCCUUCUGUGAGGUGUAUAUGGCCUUCAGUGGGAUGUAUAUGGCCUUCUGUGAGGUGUAUAUGGCCUUCAGUCCGCUCCCCUGCGUUCAUGUUUGGAAAACGUAAAUUCUGUAAAAUAAACUCCGUAGUUGCAAAAAAAACAUUGUUGUGACGGAGAAGUUGAUAUUUGUUGUGAUUUGACUUUACACUUAGUAUUCUUCCUUCUUGAUGAUAGCUGUAACAGCCAUGAGCGUUGGGGUGAAAAGGGGGGGCAUCAUUUAUACCCGGGUACCAGUAGUUGAUGACAACAUUGCGUUUAAAAAUUGUUGUGGUGCAUAUAUACAGACAAACUAUGAAAACAAAUAUUAAUGAACUGGUGAAAGUUUGAAAUGCAACAGAAGGGCGUAUGUUGGGCCCGUUGUCGGAUGUCAAAUCCCGUUUGGUGUUUCUGGAAGCGGACAAGCUUACGAAAACAAAUCUUCCCUCAUCAAAAUUGCCAGAGCAAACUGUUCCUCAAAAUACAAAUGAACAUGCAGUCCCUGGAGUCGGAUGCUACAAGGCACCGGCAUCAAGAGGACAGCAGAGAUGUGGAACGAUGUCACCACUGAGUUUACUAGAAUGAGCGUGCUCUUGGGCUCAGGGCAGAAACCUCACAGACAGCCGUUGCCAAGUGUUGCAGCCCCGACCCCGGCAGGCCCGACGUCAAUUUGCCCAAAAGCAUGGACAACCAUAGCUUUUCUUCCGUAGUGCUUUCUGACGAGUCACGUUAUUGCAUAUCAUUUGUCUACGGCAGAGGAACUGUGUAUCGACGACGUCGUGAACGUUACGUCAAUGCAUUGUCAGACAGUGAGAAAAAUAUGGCGGUGGCAGUGUCAUGGUUUGGGGAGCAAUAAACGCACGUUUUAACGCAGCCAAUGUUGCAGAUUUGACUUUGGCCUUGCAGCAAGAGUGGAGAAACAUUCGAAUGGCGUUUAUCACUCGUCUCUGUGACACCAUGCCCCAACGUAUCCACGCUUGUGUCAGGGCUGAUGGAGGCCACACAAAAUACUGUAUUCACCAUGUCAUUUAGAAAGAAUUACACUUGACCCAUAGCUAAAGAAUUACACUUGACCCAUAGCUAUGUCUCAUGUUUUUUUCUUCCACUCGAAAAUCGGUUAUGCGUUUUCAUAGUAUGUCAGUAUGCCAGGCUGCAUCCUGCUGCAUAGUCGUCGCAUCAUGUGCUACAGUUCAUCUACAGCUUUAGAUAUCUAGGAGUAAUACCAAGGCUAUUUAACCAGCAUGCUCCAGUAUUCUGAAAACAUACAUACAGGUGGAAAGUCCAGUGAUCCUAUAGCAAGGCAACUAAUCCGCAUUUACAAGGUGAGCAAUCCCUGGUGCAGACACUGGUGUACAGAUACAUCAGUCACGUUGGGCCAGUCUAAUACGUUAACAUAUGAGGGCAAUCAGGUAGGGCCAGUCUAAUACGUUAUAUAAUGAGGGCAAUCAGGUAGGGCCAGUCUAAAAUGUCAACUAAUGAGGGCAAUCAGGUAGGGCCAGUCUAAUAUGUUAACUCAUGAGGGCAAUCAGGUAGGGCCAGUCUAAUAUGUUAACUUAUGAGGGCAAUCAGGUAGGGCCAGUCUAAUAUGUCAACUAAUGAGGGCAAUCAUGUAGGGCCAGUCUAAUAUGUUAACUCAUGAGGACAAUCAGGUAGGGCCAGUCUAAUAUGUUAACUGAUGAGGGCAAUCAGGUAGGGCCAGUCUAAUAUGUUAACUGAUGAGGGCAAUCAGGUAGGGCCAGUCUAAUACGUUAUAUAAUGAGGGCAAUCAGGUAGGGCCAGUCUAAAAUGUCAACUAAUGAGGGCAUCAGGUAGGGCCAGUCUAAUAUGUUAACUCAUGAGGGCAAUCAUGUAGGGCCAGUCUAUUAUGUCAACAAAUGUGGGCAAUCAGGUAGGGCCAGUCUAAUAUGUCAACUAAUGAGGGCGAUCAGGUAGGGCCAGUCUAAUAUGUUAACUGAUGAGGGCAAUCAGGUAGGGCCAGUCUAAUACGUUAUAUAAUGAGGGCAAUCAGGUAGGGCCAGUCUAAUAUGUUAACUCAUGAGGACAAUCAGGUAGGGCCAGUCUAAUAUGUUAACUGAUGAGGGCAAUCAUGUAGGGCCAGUCUAAUAUGUUAACUGAUGAGGGCAAUCAGGUAGGGCCAGUCUAAUACGUUAUAUAAUAAGGGCAAUCAGGUAGGGCCAGUCUAAAAUGUCAACUAAUGAGGGCAAUCAGGUAGGGCCAGUCUAAUAUGUUAACUCAUGAGGGCAAUCUGGUAGGGCCAGUCAAAUAUGUUAACUAAUGAGGGCAAUCAGGUAGGGCCAGUCUAAUAUGUUAACUCAUGAGGACAAUCAGGUAGGGCCAGUCUAAUAUGUUAACUCAUGAGGGCAAUCAGGUAGGGCCAGUCUAAUAUGUUAACUCAUGAGGACAAUCAGGUAGGGCCAGUCUAAUAUGUUAACUAAUGAGGGCAAUCAUGUAGGGCCAGUCUAAUAUGUCAACAAAUGAGGGCAAUCAGGUAGGGCCAGUCUAAUAUGUCAACUAAUGAGGGCAAUCAGGUAGGGCCAGUCUAAUAUGUUAACUAAUGAGGACAAUCAUGUAGGGCCAGUCUGGAUUGUUUCUGACCCAACCUUUUUCAACUUGAACAAACCAUUGCUUGAAGAAAGUGGACAUAUUUUGAUGUUUUUAUUGAGAGGAAGGUGACAGACAAGAGAAUGACAAAAAUACUGACACAGCUAAACAUGGCUACAAAUAUACAAAUUUGUACAAAAGAAAUUAUAAAAGUUGAACACAACCUUAUUUCAUAAACUGUAUGUUAUAUUAAUAUGCCCCCAAAGGGACUGGAUUUCACCAUUAGCACUAGGCUUGCCCCACACGGGGCACCUCCAACUCCACACCCUGCACUGGACACGUGAUUAGUUCAUAUGGUAGAAACUACGAUUGGAAAUGUGUAUACUUCGUUAUAUACGUGCUUGAUAAGACGUGCUGAAACCAAGGCAUGGCCAGGUCUAAAGUCCUCUUCAAUUGAUAAUCGAUAAUAUAUUGGUUGAUAUGUUGGACGAAAUACAUCCUAUAAAAAACACUGAUAUGCACAUGUCAGAGAAGAAAAUGCACGGAAGAGAAAUGUUUACCAAGUCUUCACUUUCCCAACUUGAUUUAGUAAGAUUAAAAGAAUAUUUUUUUACAUAUUAAUGAAUAGGAUAUUCAAAUUUUCAAUUGCAUUGACAUGAUUCAGUAUUUGUAAUAUGUGAUGUAUUAAAUUACAUAGUGUAGUGGUAGGACUUUGCUAGUUGAACUAUGUACAGGAUAUAUACGCUGUGGAGCCGCUAUAGGUAGUAUAUGGGGACAGUAUAUUUACAUCUAAACAAGUCAUCACAUAGCUCAUGUAUUGCUUACCAUGGAGCCAUCGCGCUUAAGUUCACAGGAGGUCACUAGAUGUAAUACAAUUAACAACUUUGAUGGUCAAAGCCAUAAGUCUGGAAAAGUUUGCAAAUUAAUAUGUUCAUAUGACAAAGUACGUCGCUCUACAAAGAUGCAAUUAUGUUUUAUAUAAAAAUUCUAUUCUGGCGGUUAUUACUUCUAGAUUAAAUGUUAUUAUCUUUGGAUUUACUGUGAACUAAGGCGAUGCCCGGAAGAAACAACAUGUUCUUAAAUAAACAACAUUUAAACAAGCAAUGCUUCAAAUACUACGUGGCAGUUUGAAUAAGGAUGAAAAUCAGUGUGCAAUCAAUCAAUAUUCACCUCCUGGAUAAAACAUCAAGUUGCCAUAACAACAGUACCCUUG